AUGGCAAUAAGUCAUGUAAAAGACUUCUGAAUUUAAUCUCUUCUAGUUUCAUUUGAAUUUUUAUUCUAAAUUUUGAAAUUCAUUANAGAAUUAAGAAAGGACAAGAUAAAUUAUAGAAACAGCUUAAAGAUAAAAAACACCAGAUUCAAUAAAAUAUGCAUUUCCAAGAAGAUAAAAAUUAAAUUCCAACCCUUACGACCCAUUCUUAGGAAGUAAUGAGGAUGUCAAUAAAGAUUUAUAUGAAAUAAUCACAGAUAAUACAUAAAUUGGUCCUGCAUCUUAAGAUUUUUAAAAAGGAUUUAAUCUAUAAACUAGAGAGAAGAAUUAAGAUCAAAGACUAUAAACUGAAGAAGACCGCGCAAUCAAUAAUCAUAGAUCAGGUUCGGAAAUAAAACAUAAUAAAUUUGAUUUACCUGAAGACUAUCUUAAUCGUUAAUAAUUGUAUAUUGCUAAAAGUUAUCUGGAUUCUAAGCCUGUUAAUAACUAUGAUUAUACAAAAAUAGAAAAUAAUUCAAUUAUUCCAAAAUCAGAUUAUGUUUCUUUGAUUAGUAGUACUCAUCCUUAUUAUAUACAAGAAUAGGAUGAAGUUAAAGAUGUUAUUUAAAGAUAUUCUAGUAUUUAUUAAUUGUUAUAUCUAUUAUAGACAAGCUUGAUAGAUUAGAAGAUAUAGAUCUUUUAUAAUAAAAAAGAGACUUUAAUCAAAUGGACUAUGCAUUAUAAGAUUUAUUGGAUUAGUAAAGCAAUAAAUUAAAUAAACAUGAAUAUAUCAAUGACCCUAUUGAAUAUAAUGAUUAUUAUUCAACUGAUUACUAAGAAACAAAUUUUUAUAAUAAAAUGAAUAAAUUAUCUUGA